GAUUUUCUUCCAAUGCCUGUGUUUCAAGACGUCACGGAACCAAAACAGCAGUUGCACCGAGUGAAUAGUAUUGAAGUUUAUCAACCUAUCGACUUUCAAAGUAAAGUAGUUCAUUGGUUGACUGUCGGAGACCUACACUAUGCACUUGUGAAUUCUCACCGGUACUCAGAUGGCAGUUCUAGAGAAGAGUUUUUUAACAAACACUUGAAAUCAGUUUCUCUAGAAAAACAAGAUGAAGAAUUGAAUGGUAGUGACGCUGCUGUAAAUAACAGGUGGAGGAAGAUUGUGCUGUCUUCUGUGUCAGGUCACAACUUUGAGUGUAGCUUUCCUCGUAUAAAAGCUGCUGAGGGUUUAGAGUUAAGUUUAGAGUCACUCAACUUGAGCUUCGUGAUGUCGCAGUUUAACGGAACUUGCUUUUAUCGUAAUGAUGGAUGGUGGACCUAUGAGUUUUGUGUAGGCAAACAUGUGAAACAAUAUCAUUUGAAUCCUGUUACACUAGAACAGGAAGAUAUUUUCUAUUUGGGUUUUCCUGUCGAGAAGAAUGCUACGGAAGGGUUUGAAAAAGCCCUCUAUCACGUUACAUCUGUUAGUACAAACGAAGUUGAUGAUAAUGUCAUUCGCAUUCAUUAUGAUAAUGGUUCUUUAUGUGUUCUUACUGGAUCACCAAGGAAUGUCACCAUCGAUUUCAUAUGCCCCUUUUCUACUGUGACGGAUACAGAAAAUUCCGAGUUUAUUUCAUCGAUAAGAGAAAUAGGUACAUGUUCGUAUCAUUUGACCUUAGCUAGCAGCGCUUUAUGUAGCGAGCCCCUGUUGAGAAAUCAUCCACACGAUGAAAUUGAAGUGACUUGUAAAGUGGUGAAUGAAACGGUUUUACCGGACGUGAGAGUGACGACCUUGGCUGGUUAUAAAACUGCGGCUUGGUUUUGAAAACUAUCUUUUUUGCAUACAAUAAACCAUGCACUUGGCUUUUUAGUUUAUUUCUAUUUCGUUAUGGUUCAAAGACAGUGUAAACUUAGGAGACAGUUUCAAAAGAU